AUGUCCCUGCAACCGGCCCCCCUCACAAUAUUCACGCUGAACGCUAGGGGACUCAACACGCCAGAAAAAAGGGCCGGGGCUCAUAAGGAUUUCAGGGCGGCCCACGCCUCCAUAGUGUUUCUACAAGAGACCCACUUCCGGGCAGGCUCACGACCCACACUGACUAAUCAACACUAUCCAAAAGGAUACUACAGCGACUUUCAGGGGGGUAAGUCACGGGGCACGGCGAUCCUCCUACAUAGACACCUCCCCUUCACAGAAACAGGGGUCAUGACAGACCCAGAGGGCCGCUUCCUAUUCCUCAAGGGGACGAUCGCGAACACAACAUAUACCUUUGCCAAUCUCUACGCCCCUAACCGCGGGCAAUAUAAAUUCCUGGCCAAGACGCUCCGCACACUUGUAGGCUUUCAAGAAGGCAUCUUGAUAAUAGGCGGAGACCUGAAUGUAACAUUGGACCCCAAAUGGGACUCCUCCUCAGGUCACUCACACAUUUCAUUGCAAUAUCUUACGGCCAUUAAAGCUCUCCUGACUAGAGCGAAAUUAGUGGACUGUUGGAGAGCAUUUCACCCUGACGAAAGGGACUUCACCUUCUACUCCCACCCCCAUAACUCCUACACCCGCAUAGACUAUCUCCUAGUUCCCAGCCACCACAUACC